UUUUUAAACCUAAAUAUGGAUUCGCUCAUGCCGAUCAAGGCGAGGGGCACACCUGUGAAAAACGUAACAUCUUGUGUUUGCUGUGGCAAAGCUAAAAAUGAUGGGGGCGGGCAGUUUUACCGGAUCGAGUGUAAACAAACGAAAGCUACCGAGAAUUCUCUCGCGAUUCUUUUGGAGCGCUACGGUGGAUUGAUGGUUGUUCAUGGAUAUGCAUGCAGGAAAUGUCAUGACAGAGUGAAGAGGAUUCACACAUUAACGAAAGACUUCUGGGACAUGUGUCAAGAAUCAAGCAAAUCAACUAAAACAAAACGAUGUGCAUCCUCACCCCUGACUCCUUCAGUGUCCAAUGAACCCAUGAUUUCUAACCACAGAAAAGUACAGAGACGACUAAUUAUGUCUGCUGAGGAACAUACUUCAUCCUCACUGUCAGGGGCUUCUGAUCCCGAUAAGGUGGCACUCAUUGAUGAAAUAGGCUAUGAGUGUAAUGUGAGCACAACAAAGCGUGAUUAUCAUGAUCAUACGUACUUCAAAGAUCCAGAUAACUCUGAAACAGGUGGGAAGAAUUGCAAGAUUACAUCACCCAAUAUGUCCAGAACUUUAGGCUCCAGUCGGUUGCUUGCCAAUUCUCUUAUAAACUGUGAUGCCUCCUUGAGACAGAGUUUGACUUGUUCUGAUAUCUAUCUUUUGACAGAAGCUAUUAAUUCCUUCUCAGUUUUCUCUGCUGCUGAAGCAGUGAUGAAGAUUCCACAUUUGAAAUCAGCCAUAGAAAAACAUUUUCUUCAAAAAGUAGACCAUAGUGUUUCAGAGUUGAACCGCAGGAAUGUUGAACAUGGCUAUGUGUCUGAACUUAUGGCCAAAGACUAUAACAAUCUUUCUGAUUUCAAAUGGCAAACUGUUGUGGAAGAAAUUGCUGUCAAAUCUGUGUUGGACAUGGUGGUGUAA